AUGUGUGCACAUGUAGCCGAAGAGCUCAAGGAGACUGGCAAUAAUUUUUAUCAACAGCAUCGUUAUGAAGACGCUAUCAGUGCCUAUAGUCGAGCUAUAAUUAACAAUCCGGUGAUUCCAACUUAUUUUACCAAUCGAGCUUUAUGUUACAUGCAAACGAUGCAGUGGGAAAAAGCUGAGGACGAUUGCAAGAAAGCUUUAGAUUUGGAUCGCAAAAAUGUUAAGGCAAAUUUUUUCCUUGGCCGAACAUGUGUACAAUUGGGACACUUUGACGAAGCUUUGAAAGUACUUACACGUGCAAAUGAUUUGGCGCGUAGUCAAAAACUGAAUUUUGGUGACGAAAUAACAGCGCAAAUCCGAGUUGCGAAGAAAGAAAUAUUCAGGAGAGAGGAAGAGAAACGAAUAAAGCAGGAAAUUGAAUUACAAGCUUAUUUAAAUGGUCUUAUUGAUAGCGACCUUGAAAGAAAAUUGCGAAAAUUGAAAGAAAAAAAGAAACUGGCGGAAAUAGUGAAAUUAUAA